AUGGAUCGUCAUUGCCCUCUCUGCACGGAGCCAGACAGCCCGGUUUCUAUGAUCGAUUGUGCUAGGUGCCAAAAACGGUAUCACCAUUCAUGUGCCGGUGUGCAAGAUGGCAAUCCGGGUACUUCUAGCACCUAUUGCUGCAGAUUGUGCGUUCCCCGGGACCCAGCCCCCUCCGUCUCCAUGUCCAAGUCGGCUUCAACCACCGCAAGCGCACGGGAGGCGCGAUUGCAGUUAGAGAUGCUGCAGCUAGAGGUGGAGAAACGUGUCCACGAAAUGCUGAUGGUGCAACGGGCAGAAGCGGAGAAGCAGCUUCAGGAGCGAGCCAUGCAGCUCGAACGGGAAAGGAGCGAGAAAGCGAUCGCCGAAAAGAUCGAACUGGAGAAGGUCUACAUCACUCGCAAAUAUGAUUUGCUACGUGCACAAGUGGAGGAAAGCGAAGACGGAAGGAGUGUGCGGAGUCGGCGGAGCAGCGUCAAAAGCAUCGAAAAGGGUAUUUCAUCCAACCAGCUGCAGCCACCAAUUACAACACUACCAAGCACGUCCGGAUUGCCAAACCACCAAUCUACAGCAGCGAUCAAUUCCGAUGCGUCGAAAGACCAAUCCAGCGUUGCAGCAGGUCUACCUUGCAGUGGUUUGGGUGUACCGAGUGAGAUUUCGCCGUUAGGUCCAACAACGGGAGCCGCAAAUUUGCUUCCAGCGUAUCAUUCUACCCCACUCGCCCCGCCAGCAGCCACCAGUCAACCGGCGGUGAACGAUGUCGUCCGUGAUGAUCAACUCAACCGCACAUAUUCGGCGCCGCUGAACCACCUCGUCAGCACGGGCAAGGGACUGGAGGCCGCAAAGACUCAGCAACUGGCAGCCCGACACGUCGUCCCGAAGGAGCUUCCUCAAUUUUCGGGAAACCCCGCGGAGUGGCCGCUAUUUUGGAGUAGUUAUGAGACUUCGACGAACAUCUGCGGCUACAGUGAAGCUGAAAAUCUAAUGCGGCUUCAACGUUGCCUGAAAGGGGAAGCUAGAAAAGCUGUCAAUUGUUUUCUGCUUCAUCCGAUGAACGUCCCGGCAAUAAUCCGCACGCUUAGUACAUUGUACGGUCGACCUGAAUCCAUCAUUGGAACUCUGCUGGCAGAAGUGCGAGCUGCGCCGGCCCCACAUUCCGAAAAGUUGGAGAGCGUCAUCAAUUUCGGAUUGGUAGUUCGCAAUCUCUGUGCUCACUUGGUCGCCACCGGCCAAGAGAUGCAUUUGGCCAACCCUAUGUUAGUCAACGAGCUGGUUGACAAACUCCCAGCCAACAUAAAAUUGGACUGGGCGCUGUACACGCAACGAGCGGCCCGAGCUGAUCUGAGAACAUUCUCGGAUUACAUGAAUGUUAUCGUCGAAGCAGCGAGUCGAGUAACGCCGGUGAUGGACAAACCGAGGGGAAAAGCAGUCAUAAAUACCCACGCGUCGACUGAUCAUGGCGGUAGGAGUCAAGGAGACUACAAACCAGCAGCAACCAGACCGGAUUACAGUAAGCAUCAGCCCGGUGCUGGUAAACGGCCUUGCAUGGUCUGCAAGACAAGUGGACACAAACCGAAGGACUGCCCAUCAUUCAAAUCCAAAUCGCUGGAAAAUCGUUGGAAGAUCGCACAGGAGUUUCACCUUUGUAGAAGAUGUCUCUAUCCGCACGGAAAGUGGCCCUGCAAGGCACCAAUGUGUGGGACAGACGGCUGUGGACAACGGCAUCAUAGACUUCUUCAUGCCGGCAAUCCAGAGGAAGAACGACAGCCUGCUGCACCGUCUAAUUCAGUAUCUCGAGUAGUCAACGUACACCAACACUGCCACAACAAGGUUCUGUUCCGAAUCAUCCCAGUGGAGUUACACGCCAACGGGAGAUCCGUCCAAACGUUUGCCUUCCUCGAUGGUGGGUCCGACACAACAUUGGUGGAGAAGUCACUGGUUGAACAGCUCGCCCUACAUGGACCUGUAUCACCACUGUGCAUGCAGUGGACUAAUGGAGUCAAGAGAAUGGAGGAAGAUUCGAUGAAAGUGCAGAUCCAGAUUUCCGGUGUGGGACAACGCAAACAGUUCCAACUGAGAGGUGUGCAGACCGUGGAGAGUUUGGAUCUUCCUCGGCAGUCAGUGCACUUCAAGGAACUAGAGGAUCGCUUCGCUUAUCUACGGGGACUUCCAGUUCUGAGCUACGACAAUAUCGUUCCAGGGAUUUUGAUCGGGCUGGAUAAUACCAGUGUGAAGAAUUCGCUCAAACAACGCGAAGGCAAGGAAGGUGAACCCGUAGCCACCAAAACCAGGUUAGGAUGGGUGGUGUAUGGUUGCACUGGACCAACGGAUCAAGUUACUUCACACCGGGUACUCCAUGUUUGCACUCGUAGCCACGACGACGAUCUUGAUGGCUUGAUCAAGCAGUUCUUUUCGACGGAGAGCGUAGGUGUGUCUGUUGUGAAACCGGUAGAAUCGGCAGACGAUCAACGGGCACGAAAAAUUCUGGAAGCAACAACGGUACGGACUCCUUCCGGUCGAUACCAGACCGGCCUGCUUUGGAAGUACGACGACUUCGUAUUUCCCAACAGCCGUCCGAUGGCUGAGCGGCGCCUGAAAUGUCUUGAACGUCGCCUGUCCAAGUCACCGGAGCUCUACACCAAGAUGAGGAAGCAGAUAGCUGAUUACCAAACGAAAGGCUACGCACAUCGAGCUUCGCAGCGAGAACUGGAAGAGUCGGACCCUAAUCGCAUCUGGUAUUUGCCCUUGGGUAUCGUUGUGAAUCCCCGGAAGCCAGAGAAGUUGCGAAUCAUCUGGGAUGCGGCAGCUGUCGUGCAAGGAGUAUCGUUCAACUCGGCUCUACUGAAAGGUCCAGAUUUGUUGGUGCCUCUUCAAGCGGUGCUCUGCCGCUACCGUCAGAAGGAAAUUGCUAUUAGCGCCGAUAUUAUGGAAAUGUUCCAUCAGGUGGAGGUGAGGCCCGAGGAUCGACAAGCACAGAGGUUUCUGUGGCGUGACAAACCGGAGGACCCAAUACAAGUGUUUGUGAUGGACGUGGUCAUAUUCGGUUCAACUUGCUCACCAUGCUCUACACAAUUUGCCAAAAAUAUAAACGCAAUGGAACAUUCGAUGGAACUCCCAGAAGCAGCUGCGGCAAUAAUAGAGAACCACUACGUCGACGACUAUCUGGAUAGCGUCGACAGCGUCGACGAAGCGGUUCAGCUAGCAUCGGAUGUACGAACAGUGCACGCUCGAGGAGGCUUCCAGAUACGACAUUGGAUGUCCAACUCACCCGAAGUGUUGAGGCGCAUCGGAGAGCGAAAUUCGCAAGAAGUUAAAUGCUUUGUGGUGGACAAGGACAGUCAGCAAGAACGCAUCCUGGGAAUGGUCUGGCUACCCAGCGAAGACGUGUUUUCUUAUACGACCAGCUUCCGAAGAGAUUUGGAGCGCCUGUUCGACCAAGCGGUUACUCCCACCAAACGAGAGGUGUUAAGACUGGUGAUGAGUCUGUUUGACCCGUUAGGUCUCGUCGCAUCCUUUGUCAUCGAAGGGAAAGUCAUCAUCCAGGAGGUUUGGAGAUCGAAGGUCGGCUGGGAUGAGCAAAUUCCCGGUGAAAUACUUUCACGUUGGCAGCAAUGGUUGGAGAUACUUCGGUCGCUGGACAAAGUGAGGAUCCCGCGGUGCUAUUUUCCCGGAUACAGCCAAGAAGCCUACGAAUCGUUGGAGUUGCACGUGUUCGUAGACGCAAGCGAAAGCGCGUUCGCGGCCGCUGCUUUCUUCAGAGUUGUGGACAACGGAACAAUCCGGUGCUGUUUGGUUAGUGCAAAGACCAAGGUAGCUCCUUUGCAAUCGAUUGGGAUACCUCGUCUGGAACUUCAGGCAGCAACGAUUGGAACACGACUGAUGAAGACUGUCACCGAAAAUCACACCAUUCCGAUCAAGCGAAGGGUGAUGUGGAGCGAUUCCAAAACGGUACUCGCCUGGCUUCGAUCAGACCAUAGGAGAUAUCGGCAGUUUGUAGCAUUCCGGAUUACGGAGAUCCUCGAAGAUACGAACGUUGCAGAUUGGAGAUGGGUGCCAACCAAGCUAAACGUGGCGGACGAAGCCACAAAAUGGGGAAAGGGUCCCAACUACCACGAGAACUGCAGGUGGUUCAACGGUCCUGCAUUCCUAUACGAGGACGAGUCUAAAUGGCCUGAAGCAGAUUCGGCGCAGGAGGACCAUUCGGCAGAAGAGCUACGGAACGUCCGUAUUCAUGUUCAGCACACGGCUGAACCCGUUGUGCCUUUCCAGCGGUUUUCCAAAUGGGAGAGACUGCUGAGAGCAAUCGCAUAUGUACGCCGUUUCUACCAGAAUUGUCAACACAAAAGGAAUGGCUCGGCGAUCACCACGGGAUUUCUAUCAUGCGAAGAGCUGAAUGCAGCAGAGUAUCUGGUAUGGAAGCUAGUGCAAGAAGAAGUAUUCGCAGCGGAAUUCGACGUUCUACGGAGCAACCUGCACGAGCCAUCGGGUCAACGGGAAGCAGUAGAAAAGAGCAGCAGCAUCUACAAGCUGGUGCCAUUCCUGGGCGAAGGAGAAGUAAUACGGAAGGACAGUCGAAUCAAAGCCUCACCUUACGUUUCGUACAACACGAAAUUUCCAAUCAUCGUACCCAAGCAACACUACGUGACGGAUCUCCUGGUCAACUGGUAUCACCGGCAAUACGGUCACGCAAACGGAGAAACAGUGGUGAACGAAAUUCGGCAGAAGUACCACAUACCGAAGCUUCGAGUUAUCGUACGGAAGAUUGCGAAAUGCUGCACCUGGUGUUCGGUGUACCGAUGUGUACCACAAGUACCGAGAAUGGGUCCAUUACCGAUAGCACGGCUCAUGCCAUACGUACGAGCUUUCACGUUUGUAGGUCUGGAUUACUUUGGACCCCUUACUGUUCGCGUCGGACGGGCCAGUGCAAAGCGAUGGGUAGCCCUGUUCACUUGCCUGACUACUAGGGCAAUACAUCUGGAAGUGGCGACGUCGUUGUCAACCGAGUCUUGCAUUCAGGCAAUUCGUAGGUUCAUCGCUCGUAGAGGAGCUCCCCAGGAGGUGUACUCCGACCAAGGAACCAAUUUUCAAGGCGUGAGCAGCGAACUUGCCAGACAAAUACGGUCGAUCAACGGAACACUUGCGGCUACCAUCACCAACUACCGAACCCAGUGGAAGUUUAACCCACCCUGUCCUUUGACCGAUCGCAAUCCAGACGAUGAGACGUUAGCUACAGCACUUGCGGAGGUAGAAUCCUUGGUCAAUUCGCGCCCUCUGACCUAUCUACCGCUGGAGAGCGAGGAGCACGAAGCCUUGACGCCGAACCAUUUUUUGCUCCUAAGAGCCAGCGGAGUAGUUCAGCCAGCCACGAAGCCGACGCAUGAUGCAGAAGCCCUGCGUUCCAAUUGGGGCAUGAUCAAGGUUAUGCUCGACAACUUCUGGAAAAGGUGGCUCAGAGAGUACCUCCCAGUUAUGUCGCCGCAGUCAAAAUGGUUCGGAGAGGUGCGGAAUGUCCAGGUCGGUGACCUGGUGAUGAUUGCCAACGAGAAGGAGAGGAACAGCUGGACACGCGGAAGAAUCCCUCAAGUAUACCCAGGAAGGGAUGGGCGUGUCCGCAGAGUCGACGUGCAGACUACAGCGGGUAUCCAGCAACGUCCAGUGUCUAAGAUAGCAGUACUCAAUGUCGCUGAAGAUGUUGGUAUAGCUGAAGGUUCUGACAGCAAUACGGUCGGGGGUAUGUGCGCGACGGAACCCGAGGCGUUCAGUACCACCCUUACAUCCACUGAACGUGAUACUCGGGACAGAGUGGAAACCAACGAUGUCAACUAA